AUGGGGCUCUGCUACAGCCUGCGCCCGCGGCUCUUCGGCGACGCCGGCGGCGGCUCCAUCUCGUCCGGCGCCGGCGCCGCCUCGGAGCCGGAGCCGCCGGCCGAGCCGCACGCCGCCCCGCAGCCGCAGCCUCUGGGCGAGGGCGCGCUGCUCCGGCCCGGCGGCAAGCCCGGCGGUGGCGAAGCGGACGGGCCGCCGCUGCUGCUGCAGAACGGCGGCGGCAACGGGGCGGCCCCCGAGCGGCCGUCGCUGCCCAAGGCCGGCGGCCCCGGCGGGGGAAAAGCGGCGCGGCAGCAGCAGACGCAGCACCCGCCGCCGGCCCUGCAGAGACCCUGGGAGAAGCUGCGCCUGGAGGAGCGGGAGGCGGAGAAGGAGGCGAGGAAAGUCAGCAAGAGCAUCGACCGGGCGCUCAAGGAGCAGAAGCGGGAGUACAAGCAGACGCACCGCCUGCUGCUGCUGGGGGCCGGCGAGUCGGGGAAAAGCACCAUCGUGAAACAGAUGAGGAUCCUGCACGUCAAUGGGUUCAACUCAGAAGAAAAGAAACAGAAAAUACUGGAUAUUCGGAAAAAUGUUAAAGAUGCGAUUGUGACUAUAGUUUCAGCUAUGAGCACUUUAAUACCCCCAGUUCCAUUGGCCAACCCAGAAAACCAAUUUCGAAUGGACUACAUCAAGAGCAUAGCUCCUCUUUCUGACUUUGACUAUACACAGGAAUUCUUUGAACAUGCGAAAAAGCUCUGGGAUGAUGAAGGCGUGAAAGCAUGCUUCGAGAGGUCAAACGAGUAUCAACUGAUUGACUGUGCGCAGUACUUUUUAGAAAGAAUCGACAGCGUCAGCAUGGAUGACUAUACACCCACAGAUCAGGACCUAUUACGAUGCAGAGUUUUGACAUCAGGGAUUUUUGAAACAAGGUUUCAAGUAGAUAAAGUAAAUUUCCACAUGUUUGAUGUAGGUGGCCAAAGAGAUGAGAGAAGAAAAUGGAUCCAAUGCUUUAACGAUGUCACGGCUAUAAUCUUUGUUGUGGCUUGCAGCAGCUACAACAUGGUAAUAAGGGAAGACAAUAACACAAACAGACUACGGGAAUCCCUGGACCUUUUCAAAAGUAUCUGGAAUAAUAGGUGGUUACGGACCAUUUCUAUCAUUUUAUUCUUGAAUAAGCAGGACAUGCUGGCUGAAAAAGUCUUGGCAGGGAAAUCAAAAAUUGAAGAUUACUUUCCUGAAUACGCGCAUUACACCGUACCUGAGGAUGCAACUCCAGAUGCAGGAGAAGACCCCAAAGUCACAAGAGCCAAGUUCUUCAUCCGGGAUGAGUUCUUAAGGAUAAGCACGGCGAGCGGAGACGGCCGGCACUACUGCUACCCGCACUUCACGUGCGCUGUGGACACAGAGAACAUCCGCAGAGUGUUCAACGACUGCAGGGACAUCAUCCAGAGGAUGCACCUCCGCCAGUACGAACUCUUGUGAGGGGAUCGCCGUGGAACCUGUGGUUUUAAAUUCUUUGCUCCUUACUCUUUCUCUUGAUACUACCCCACACAGGGUGGAAGAAUAUACUAUAGAAAUGUCAGUCUCUUCACUUGGUUUACUUUAAUUAUUUAACCGUAAAGCUGAUUUGAAGCAAGUUUGGGUUGGUUUUCCUUCAUGCUUUUUGGGACUAUUUUUGUGCUUUAUUUUGACAUGCCACUUCUUCGUCAUUCCACUAAGCCCUUUGGCUACCUCUGUUCCCUCGGGUUUUGUUGUUGAAAGCGAGCACGACCCGCGGCGCGUUGCGGCGGGUCGGUGCCAGUUUGGAGCGGGAUGUUGGCUGGACGACGCUAAGUCACGGCGCUCCCUCCGUGUGGGUUUCCUUUUUAACGUGACAUUGAAGAGUACUUGAUGGGUGAAAAAGAUUAAUGCACUUUGUAUCAGGUUAUUAAAUACUGUCGAGGAAGUAGACACACAAUGUAGCAGCACCACAAUAUUUAUUACUCCGUCACAGUUUUUAGCAUUUCUGAGUUGCAGGUCAACUGAUACGGUGACCUCCUCUUUUAAGCCGUUACUGGCGCAGGAAGUAGAGUAGAUACUGAGAGGAAUAGUGAAGACAAAGCAAUUUCUCUGGGGUUCCGGAGCUCAGCGUCUCUGCGCACCUCAGGUGUUUGAAUCACAGCUCCUUUUCAGCCUGUCGCAUCUAGGCAGAAAAUUGACCGCCCUCACUUACGUUGUUUGUGCUGUCCACAAAUGAUCCUUUUUGUUCCGAUCAUUCUUGGACGACGGUCCUCUCCCUAUAUAUAUUUUUUUGUUUUACUGCUGGUUUAUUAUAUUGUACAGACUGUAAAAUGUAAUAUUAUUUUGUACAACUUUAUUGAAGAAAAAUACUUGUAGAAGAUCUUUGUGCCUUGAUUAUGGCUGUACCUGUAAAAUGAGCUAAGAUGUAAGUAUGUUUUUGAUUGCGCUGUACAGCUUGAUGUCAACCUUACCUGCAGCAGUGACUGGAGGUAAGAACUUUAUCUGUAGAGUUUAGGGGUUUUUUUCUGGUUUAUAUAAAAAUGCUCUUUAGUAUAAAAAUUAUAAAUUAUGCAAAUUAACCACUUACCUUUCCCAGUGAGGUAUUACCGUCACCGGAUGUUGCAGCAAACAUGCCUUUCUCUUUCAAAGUCUCAGCUUUAAAACAUUGGAAUUCAUUCGAGUGUCCAAAUUGCAACCUGGUGUUGUUUUAAUGGGAACCGAGGAUUUAUUAUUAUUAUUAUUAUUCUUUUUUUCCUUUCUGUUUAGAAAAUAUGUUCGGUAAUUCUUCGGUCAUUCAUAGAACUUCACAAUGGCACAGACCGAUUGUGAACGUGCAAAGCAGCAUUCUGUAGAGCUCUUCGAUCUCUGUACCAACAGCGGCUUUCAUUGUGCAAGUAAAUAGCGAGAAAGAAGACAAAAGUUGUAUCGACCCUCGUGUCUGGCCUAAGAGAAUUACAAGAUGACAUUUUUAUUUCUCUUUUAAUAAAGAGACACGUUAGAAAAUUGUUUUAUUUUAAA